GGAUAAAAGCUUCAGCUAAAUGUCUAUAUGACUAAGGGAUGGCAUAUUUGUAAUUUAUUAGCUUCAAAGUCAUAUAAUACAAAACUUGACUAAGUGAUUGCUUGCAACUGUGUUAAUAAAUAUUUCCUCGACAAAGUAACUUGCAGAAAGGGCUCCAUAACUCAACAAGAGAGCCCUCAAGGGCGUUGUGUUUGUACUUAAGAGCCGGUUCAGAGUCUGCACAUUGACCCUAAAACAAUCCUUUUCCUGAAAUGAGUCACUGGCCCAAACCACUCCCUCUUCUUCCUGCUCUCCGACACAGCGAGCGCCACUCUGUUCAUAUCUUUCCUGGUUCCCUCCCCUUCAGAUCUACAGUUUUACAGAUGGGUGUAACCAACAUGGUGGUGAAGAGCAGCAGCUGACACACCCUGUUCACUGCAGAGAGUCGCUUAUUGAGGAAGUGAAACUCAGUCAGUCGUGUUGUCUUUGAGAGGUAAAAUGGCGCAGAAAGGACUUCAGCUGGACCGGGAAACCUUCUCUUGUUCCAUCUGUCUGGAUCUACUGAAGGAUACGGUGACUAUUCCCUGUGGACACAACUACUGCAUGAACUGUAUUAAAACCCACUGGGAUGAAGAGGAUUGGAAGAAACUGUACAGCUGCCCUCAGUGUAGGAAGACCUUCACACCGAGGCCUGUCCUGGUGAAGAACACCAUGUUGGCAGAUUUAGUGGAGGAGCUGAAGAAGACUGGACUCCAAGAUGCUCCUGCUGAUCACUGCUAUGCUGGACCUGAAGAUGUGGCCUGUGAUGUCUGCACUGGGAGGAGACUGAAGGCCCUUAAGUCCUGUCUGGUGUGUCUGGCUUCUUACUGUAAGAAACAUCUUCAGCCUCAUUAUGACUCACCAACAUUUAAGAAACACAAGCUGGUGGACCCCUCCAACAAGCUCCAGGAGAACAUCUGCUCUCAUCACAAUGAGGUGAUGAAGAUCUUUUGCCAUAAUGAUCAGCAGUGUAUCUGUUACCUCUGCUUAAUGGAUGAACACAAAGGCCAUGACACAGUCUUAGCUGCAGCAGAAAGGACCAAGAGGCAGAGAAAGCUGGAGGGGAGUCGACUAAACAUCCAGCAGAGAAUCCUGAACAGGGAGAAAGACCUGAAGCUGCUCCAACAGGAGGUGGAGGCCAUCAACUUCUCUGCUGAUGAAACAGUGGAGCACAGUGAGAAGAGCUUCACUGAGCUGAUCCGUCUCAUGGAGAAAAGAAGAUCUGAUGUGAAGCAGCAGGUCAGAUCCCAGCAAAGAACUGAAUUGAGUCGAGUUAAAAAGCUUCAGGAGAAGCUGGAGCAGGAGAUCACUGAGCUGAAGAUGAACGACGCUGAGCUGGAGAAGAUCUCACAGACAGAGGAUUUCAACCAGUUUCUACACAACUACCCCUCACUGUCACCCCUCAGUGAGUCCAGAGACUCAUCCAGCAUCAACAUCCGUCCUCUGAGAUACUUUGAGGACGUGUCAGACACUGUUUCAGAAAUCAGAGAUGAACUACUGGACGUCCUGAGAGAGAAAUGGACAAAUAUCUUACUGAUGGUGACUGAAGUGGAUGUUUUACUGGCACAUUCACAAGCAGAGCCCAAGACCAGAGCUGAAUUCUUAGAGUAUUCACGUGAAAUCACACUGGAUCCAAACACAGCAAACACACGACUGUCAUUAUCUGAUGGGGACAGAAAAGCAACAUUCAUGAAGGAACAUCAAUUUUAUUCUAGUCACUCAGAAAGAUUCAAUGAAUGCUUACAGGUCCUGAGUAGAGAGAGUCUGACUGGACGUUGUUACUGGGAGGUGGAGAGGAGAGGAGGAGGAGUUGAUGUGGCCGUUGCAUAUGAGACUAUCAGCAGAAAAGGGAACUGGGAUGAAUGUGGAUUUGGAUAUAAUAACAAAUCUUGGUCAUUAAGAUGUGACAAAAACAGUUUUACAUUUUGGAACAACAAUAUCCACACUCUCCUCUCAGCGCCUCAGUCCUCCAUUGUGGGAGUGUACCUGGAUCACAGAGCAGGUACUCUGUCCUUCUUCAGCGUCUCUGACACCAUGACUCUCCUCCACAGAGUCCAGACCACAUUCACUCAGCCUCUCUAUGCUGGACUCUGUUUUUUUUAUUCCUCUGGAGACACUGCUGAGUUGUGUAAACUGAAAUAGACAGCAGUCAUUUAAGGGUUGAACUGUGUUUGAACUCAUUUAGUCUCCAUGUUUGUGUCUGAGAGCUGAUUGUUGAGGCGUUUCUUCACUGCACUGAGAUCAGCUGUCAGUCAAACAUUCUGGCUGCUACUUUGACAUCUUCUCAUGAGUUGUUCUGAACAUGUUUGAGUUACUGGAGCUGGCGCUCCUUCUUGUCUGUUUUAGUUUUUGUCUUUAGCAUUGUUGCUUAGCAUUUAUUUAUGUGGUGUUCAUGUAUUGUGUCCCAUAUUCCGGAUGCCACUCAAGCUGCUUAUACUAACAAUGACACUCCUUGGCUAAAAACACACAUUUACAGUAUAUAUUGGUUGAAUCACUGCUGCAAUACAGAUUAUCUUCACAUACUUUAACAUAACCUGUGUUGUGAUGUCAUAGCUCUUGUGUUAUAAUGUGCAUAUCCUAAUGCCUUAAUAUUAUUUCACAUUUUGUUGCUAUUCAAAUGAGCUGUGCUGUCUGUUACAAUAUCCCCAUUGUAUCCCGCCUGCAAAGAAUCGCUGUGAAAUGGUAAUUAUUGAACAAUUGUUUUUUUGUGGGUGAAGAUAACUUGUAAAAUGAAUAAAGGUCCUUUUUAACAGGA